UAUGGAGAAACAACAAUUAACAAUCAAGAUUAGCUCUAUUGUUUACCACCAAUUAAAAAGCGAUGUCGGUAAGGGAAAAAUAAGUGAUUUUAUUGAGGGUUUGGUUGUCAAAGAAUUAGGUUCAAGUGAAAAAAGAAUAGAACAAGAAUACCGCGAAUGCUAUGCUAAUCCUCGUAUGAUAAAAGAAGCUAAACAUAAUGGACGAGAAAUUAAGGAUACUCACCCUGCUUUGGUAGUUUCAAACGAUAGGCAAAAUAACGCUAGCCCUUUAAUAGUUAUCAUGCCAAUUACUUCCUUAAAAGCCGGUGAUAAAGCUUUUUCUUUUCAAGUGCCAAUUACUUUAAAGAAUAAGAGUGUGAUACUGGUAGACCAAAUCAGAACCAUUGACCGAGAUAAGUUUAAAGAUAAAAUUACCAAAGUUGAGGAGAAAUUAAUAGAGGAAGUGGAAAGGAAAAUCCAUUUUGUUUUAGCUUUAAAAAAUUAA